AUGAAUGGCGAGAUCGCCGCGACCCAGCGGUUGGCUUCCGCGUUCCGAGAUGACUCCGCCUUACGAGGUGCAACCAUCGCCUUCAACCAACCUCCGCCAAGUGCACCGCAUGUGAACCCCCAACUCUCCGCUGCAGCCGCCGCCGCAGUGGCUAGUUCGAUGAAUCGUAAUGCAGGUGCCAGACGCCCGACCGUGGGAUCCGAGUCGGAACAAGAGGUCCACUCCGUGAAGGAGUUAGUCGGGAGGUUGAACGCCAACCAGCUCUCCCCAGCCAACACAUCGAACCGUGGACGAUCGCCGAACCCUACCCUACCAACACCCCCCGAACAGAUCGCCGCACGUCUCGCUGCCUCCAGGUCACCCUCCAGGAAACCAGAACCGGCAUCCGAUGCUGCCCGACUCGGUGCAAUGCGAAGUGCGAGCAGGAUGCAGUCCCAAGCUCCAACGGAGCGACGAGAGCUACGCUCCCCCGCGCCCAUCCGCCCAUUACCGCCUAGAGAUCGUGUGGUGGAUAGAAUGCUCGUGGACGAUGAUCCACGCUUCGAGCCAGAGCCCCCGGUGGUGCGCAUCUCCAAACCACGAUCAAGAGCCGGAAGUAUUCGUGGGCAGGCCCCAAGUCCCCAUCCUUCUAUUAGCUCCCGAAUAUCCUCAACACCAUCCGACGACCUGAAGCCAAAGCUUCCGCCACGGUCUACAAACCCCUCGCAGGGCACUUUGAGAAAACCGGUCGCUCCUGCGACCCCAUUACGUGCCUCAACACCCAGCAUGGCAUCAAUAUCCGGCCGAUCUCACACCAGUAGCUCUAGCGCCCAGGAUGAGACGGAAGCGCUCUCCAAUGCAAUUGUGGCCUCCUCCCUCGCAUCUGCACGGGCAUCUCCCGUGACAAAAGUACCUCCACCACCUCCACAGCGACGGCGGGCCCGCUCCCGUUCGAUCCUCCAUCUAGCGCAUUCACCAAUGAGUGAUCUAUCACGUACCCCAAGCCCUCCUAAGGGGAUGCCGAUGACUCUUCGCGGCUUGCCGAAGGCCGACGGGGUUGAUGGCAGCCGACGGCACCGGUUACUCCACAAGCAUCCCCACAAACACCACGAAGGAGAUCGUAAACGGUGGAGACAAGAAGUUUCUGAGAAGGAGCGGAAGCGCUACGAAGGUGUGUGGGCUUCCAACAAGGGGCUGCUCAUCCCUCCCGGGCGAGGCAAGGCGCGCGGACCGAAUGGAUCUGAGAAAGGGCCACCCACCUCAGACAUGGUUCUUAACCUUGUGGUCCGGGAGAUUUGGUCUCGCAGCCGUUUACCCGCUGCGUCAUUAGAGCAAGUGUGGGAUCUGGUAGAUCAGCAACGGAUCGGACUAUUGACGAAAGAGGAAUUUGUGGUUGGAAUGUGGUUGAUCGACCAGCUGCUAAAGGGCCAUAAACUACCAGUCAAAGUUCCUGACAGUGUUUGGGAUAGCGUGCGGUAUGUGACGGGCAUCAGACUCUCGACGGUGGGCAAGACAUAG